UCCGGUGGCGGGCGUGUCCCGGGCGGGCGCGCGCUGUCCGGGCAGCGAUGGCGGACGAUGGGCAGGGGCGGCUCAGGACUGAAGGCGGCCAGGGUGGUGGCGCGGCUGCGGCGGGCGGCCAGAUGCUGCUGAGCGUUGGGCUGCUGGCGCUAGCGCUGCUGGCGGCUUACCGGCUGUACCUGCGCUGGGGGACGCGAAGCGGGCCGGGAGGCUCGGCCCGGAGGGGCGAGGCCGCCCCGCUGCCGCGCAUGAAGCGCCGGGAUUUCUCCCUGGAGCAGCUGCGCGAGUUCGACGGCGCCCGCAACCCUCGCAUCCUCUUGGCUGUCAACGGCAAAGUCUUCGAUGUGACCAAAGGCAGCAAGUUCUACGGGCCCGAGGGUCCAUAUGGAAUAUUUGCUGGCAGAGAUGCCUCCAGGGGACUAGCAACUUUCUGUCUAGAUAAAGAUGCACUCAGAGAUGAAUAUGAUGACCUAUCGGACUUAAAUGCUGUACAGAUGGAAAGUGUAAGAGAGUGGGAAAUGCAAUUUAAAGAAAAAUAUGACUACGUAGGUAGACUCCUAAAACCAGGGGAAGAACCAUCAGAAUACACAGAUGAGGAAGAUACCAAGGAUCACACUAAACAGGAAUGAACUUUGUAAACAACCAAAGUCAGGGGCCUUCGGAACUGCAACCUCUUAUCCCCAUCACAGAAUGUCCUGCAUCUUUGGGUACAGUUCAUCUGCUGCGAAAAACAUUCAACAGGUUUUGUACAAGGAAAAUAAUAUACUCACAAGUGAAGAUUUGAAUACUAGACAUUCUUUGUGCUGCCAAAUUUUUUUUGCAGUUUAUUUGUAAUGUCUGGUUAGGCUUCAUUAGGGAAGAGGGGCCAGGGAUUUAAAGGCAAAAAUGCUAUUCCUUUUUAUCAGUAAGCUGAAGCCUUCAAGUAGUGUAUCUUACAAGUUCUCUAAAAGAUGUGAGUCUUCAAGCUCAGAGGAAGGUUUGAAUCUUGUUUCGUGUGUUUCUCCUCUAGCAUUAAAGAAAGAUGUACUCAUGCACAUCAGCAGCAGUAGGUUAGACUACUGAAGCUGGUGCUAAAAUGUGAAUUUCCAAUUUUGUUUUGUAUGUGGGCGUUAGUGGCCUCAGCAGAAUACUUCAGUUCUCUAAGAGAAGUCCAUGUAGAUUAGGAUGGGGAUAAAGUUCAUCCUUUUCUCAGAAGGAUUGGAUAAAACGGUUUCCUCUGCAACAACUAUUAUCUGAAGCCUGCCUCUCCCCCCUUUUCCCAUCCUCUAAAUCAAAUCAAAUAUUAAUUGUGCCUUAUUUCGCUUACAUAGACUUGAAUUGUUUUAAGGGACAGCCCCCAAAUUGUGGUUUCAUAGUCACUACAAGCAGCAUUGAGACUGAAGUUGGAAUGUUCUGUUGACUGGAAAGCCUUGAUGUCAUUCUGUGUAUAGAAUGUAAAAGAGGAAUACUCAGUGUUACUGCCAUAUGUUAAUACUACAUAUACUUAAAUUAGCAUUGUGAUGGCCAAAUGCAUACUCCCAUGCUUCUUUUUAAUGAAUUACAAACACACAAAAAAGUCACCCUUCCUCCUUUUCCAGAAGCUGCCUAACUUUUGGGAGCAUAGCCUUCACACCCCUGUAGAAUGAAGGGGCGUUGCGCGCGUGUGUCUGUGUGUGUGUCUGUCUGAAUGCAAGAUGUGGGAGGGAUUGUUUCUGCAGAUAUUGUAAAUACAAGUACCAUUUUAAUAAAGCAUGUACAAUACCACAUGUGCUGUCAGACUUUAUAUAGUAGCUGUUAAGCAGAGCUGGAAAUGAUGGAAUACAAAGGGGAAGAAGUCUUGGAUAUGUGAAGCAUCCAUCACUAUUAAUACUGCUCCUUGUCUAGUUGUUUUCCCUUUCAAGUCCCAGGUGUUGAGGAAUCUUGAGGACUUACUCAGGUAAGCUGUAUUUAAGAGAGUAAACCUAUGCCAAUGCAUUUAUGGUGGGGAAAAAGAAGUAAUGUAAAUAAAGCAUUUUAGAAACUCAGUGUAAUGUACAGUACAAGGAAUAUGUCUCAUGGCAUUAAUAGGACAAGAACAGCAGCUUUGUGGCUUAUGUCUGUGUACCUCUGCAGAUUUCACCUGUAAUAAGUCUACAGUAACAAUUUAUAUAUAUACACAUUCUGUGGAACUGUAAACUGUGAAAUUCCAGAGUUGACUACUUUUUUAUUCCUGUUUGACUGAAAGAGAUUUAUAUUGAUGUAAAUGAAACAAAUAAACAAAAACUCCUCUG